AGGGACAGUGCGGGCCCUGGGCUGGGCAGUGCCAGCAGAGCGGCUGUGUCCCAGGAGUCAUCCGUGCCAGUGACAUCAGACAGAGAGGAGGACAAGAGGCUGAGGAGAAGGGGGCUUUGUCACCAUGGACCAGGAGUGCAAAUACCCCACAGCUGAAGAGCUUUGCCCACUGGAAGAUGUCUGUCGCCGGGAGCUCUGCCUGUGGGACGAAGUGUCGGUGCAAGAGGUUCACCGGUGGGAAGAGGAAGACACAUUCCAGGAAAUGUCCCCCUGUGGAGCCAUGACACAGCAGAAGGUGCGCCACUGGCAGGUAGGUGCAACAGUGCAGUGGCCAGAUGGGACACAGCAGGAGCUGUCCCGGUGUGGAGAACGUGUGACAAUGCAGGACCUGGAUGACGAGGACGACGACAGAUGCCAAGAGUUGUGCCUGUGGGAGGAAGAGGUGGCAGGCCCAAGGGUUUGCCCGUGGGCAAAUUGUGCGGCAGUGCAGGAGCCAUUCCAAUGGGACUGUGAGGACGACACGUGCCCAGAGUUGUCCCCGUGCUGCGCGCUGUCCCCGUGCUGCCCGCUGUCCCCGUGCCGAGGGCUGUCCCCCUGCUCAGAGCUGCCCCCGUGCCGUGGGGGGUCCCCAUCCUGUGUGCUGUCCCCGUGCCGAGGGAUGUCCCCAGUCCCAGAGCUGUUCUCCGUUCUGCGUCCCGUGGAUGAAAAAGAGGUCGCUGUGCACUUCUGCCAACGGGGAAAGGACAAGAAAGAGGGAGACGAGGAGGGAACCGAAGGAAAAGAUGCCAGCACCCAAGAGAAGAACAAGGAGGCCCAGCCCGGCUCUGCCAGCACAAAGGGAAAUGCUGGAGCCUCCUCAGGGAAAGCCCCUGGUGAGGGAGAUCCGUCCCCAGACUCUGCUGAGCCACGGGAUGCCGGCGCCCAGGAGGCAUCCCAGGGGUAAGACCCUGCUGAACAACAGUAGAAGAAAGAGUAGUAGUAGUAUAAAAGGAUAAGGAUAAGAAUAGGAAUAAGAAUAAGAAAUAAGAAUAAGAUUAAGAAUAUAAACAGCCUAAGAUUAAAAAAAAUGAAAGGAAUGAGUGAGAAAAAGAAAUAAGAUUAAGAAUUGAAAGGAAAAGAAGAACAAGAACAAAAAGUAGUAAAAAAGAAUAAGAAUAGGAGUAAGAAUAAGAAAUAAGAACAAGAAUAGAAAUAACAAUAAGAGUAAGACGAAGAAUAAGAAAAUAA